AUGAGCGGGUACUGGACUGGAACUACAAAGAUACUGCUUCUGGUGGGGAUUCCAUGCAUUAUUACCACAUAUACGAUAGCCGUUGUUCCACGCAGUCUCAUUGGCGUUAUUAACGUACUAAACUUGGAAUAUAGCUUCAGUUGGAAACUACACUUUUUCUAUGAGUUUAGAGCAUGGUUUGGAACAGUUAUAGUGCUCUCUAUUUUAGUUCUUUACUUCUUUGUGUCCCAUUUGAUGCUAUGUUGCAGCUGCAGUAAAACUCGGAAUGUGGUUGUCUAUUGCUAUCUAGCGUCAAUUGGAACUGGGUAUUGUGCAAUUGUAGAUCUAUUUUCCUGCAUAGUUACGCCAUUUGUUAACCUCGAAUCUGCCUAUAUUUCUUUAUUACUCAUAGGAGAUCUAUCCAAAUACGCCACAUUGAGUGUCGGGAUUGCCUGGCUCUUUACUGUCACUGCAGGAGUACUUCUCCUAAAUACCGAGUCAGCUUGCUUGCGAGCCCUUACGCCGACCAUUGGCUCACUAAUUUCAUUUGGACUUCCUUUAUUCAUCGUAUUGAUAAAUGGUGUCGGGCACUACAAUGUGUAUACAACUCCACAUUAUAUUAUAGCCAGCUUUGUUCUAGCAUUUCUAAGUCUGGUCUGCUAUUUGCUCGCAUAUUUUGUGGAAUUUCAAAAGACAAAGAUUCUGAACAAGUAUGAUGUAUUUGGUGGUCCUUCCACUUCGUUUGGGAGAACCCCGGCCUCCUCUACUACGAUGCUAAGCACUGCCCACGAUUCAUCUACGUAUCGAGGCUACUCAAAUGAUGCCUAUUUGUAUGCUUAG